CUAACCACCUUCGUCUUGGUCGCAAUGCCAUUCCUUGUGGCCGCGACUCCUCUCGUCGCCUCACCCAGCACUGGCGUCGCCAUUCCUAUCGCAAAGCGCUCGACCUUCCACGCUGCCGAUGGCUCUAUCAACGCUACCGCCUUGAGCGGCCGCGUUCGCCACUCGGUUGCUAAGAUUCAGAAAGGGUUCGAGACGUACGAGAAGAACACUGGAUCGCCUCACCCGUUGGCCGCUGGCCUGUCCGAGAAGGCCAAGCGUGCUACAGGCAGUGACGCUCUGACAGAUGACGAUGCUGAGCUCUGGUACGGAAGUAUUUCCGUCGGAACCCCCGCAGUUACCUUCACUGUCGACUUCGACACCGGCAGCAGUGACCUAUUCCUCCCCGGUCCCUCUUGCACCACCAAUUGCGAUGGUCACACCAAGUAUACCCCAAGUUCCAGCUCGACUGCUGUCGACCUCAAGAAGACCUUCUCUCUUGAGUAUGGUGAUGGCUCCACUGUUAGCGGCGAGCAGUAUACCGACACCGUCUCCAUCGCUGGAUUGACUGCCACUAAGCAGACGCUCGGUGCAGCAAAGAAGUAUUCUACUGGAUUCGCCAGCGAUGAGUUCCCCGCCGACGGUUUGCUGGGCAUGGCCUUCAAGUCGCUAUCCGACUAUAACGCCAACCCGCUAUUCCAGUCCCUCGCGGCCCAGGGCAAGACCACCUCCUCUGUCUUCAGCUUCAAACUCGCCUCGAGCGGCUCUGAGCUGUACCUCGGUGGCAAGAAUAGCAACCUCUACACCGGCAGCAUCACAUACACCCCUGUCACCGAUGCCUCCUACUGGCAGGUCGACAUGGAUGGAUUGGCGGUUGACGGCACUUCCGUCCUUUCGACGACUGCCGCCAUCAUCGACACGGGCACCACCCAGAUUGUCGGUGACCCUGACAGCGUCGCCACUGUCUACGACCAGAUCAGUGGUGCGGUGUCCGCCCCGCAAUACGGCGACGGCAUCUACACAAUCCCUUGCAGCUUCAACACUCCCAUCACGCUCACUUUUAACGGGAAGGAUUUCGCCGUCGACCCAAGCACCUUCAACCUCGGGCCCGUAUCGAGCGGCUCCUCUACAUGUGUCGGCGGACUGGCUUCUGACUCCUCGCUCACUGACGAAUUCUGGAUCGUCGGCGACGUCUUCUUGCAAAAUGUUUACACUGUGUUCGACGUUGCCAACACUCAGGUCGGCUUUGCUGCGCUUGCGUAAAAGGGGUUGCAGGUAUCCAGAGAGUUAUUGGGAUUGAUAACGACAAUUGUAUCACCUGUUGUCGAUUUUGUUGUGUGUAUUUAUCAGUGGAUGGAUUUGCUUUCAAAGAC